CACCACGCACCCGCUCCCCUUCCCAGGAGGCAGGACCGGCGAGGAAGGGAGGAGUCAGCCGUGGCCGGGUCUUCCUCCAGGCUCCGCCCCGGCACCUUCCCUUUGCCACCCGACUGGCUCUUAGAGCUCUGCUACUUAUGGUUCAAAAUGCUUCUGAGUACUGAGCAGGUGAAUCUUAUUGGACAAGUGUUUGAGUCAUAUACUUUGGAACAUCAUAAAAAUGACCUUUUGCAGAUUUUAAGAGAAAAAGAUGAUGACGCACAUUACCCUGUUAUUAUCAAUGCUCUGACACUUUUUGAGGCCAACAUGGAAAUUGGUGAAUAUUUCAAUGCAUUUCCUAAUGAAGUACUCCCCAUUUUUGAUAAUGCAUUGCGAAGAACAGCUUUGUCAGUUUUUCAGUCUAUUUCCCAAGCUCAUGAUGUUAGCAUUAAACAGAAUCUUCAUGCCAGAAUCUCAGGUUUGCCUGUUUGUCCAGAGCUAACGAGAGAAAACAUCCCAAAGACCAAAGAUGUGGGACACUUUCUGUCGGUCACUGGGACCAUUAUUCGUACCAGCCUAGUGAAGGUCCUGGAGUUUGAACGAGACUACAUGUGCAGCAAGUGCAAACAUGUGUUUGUGGUCAAGGCUGACUUUGAACAAUACUAUACUUUCUGCCGUCCAUCAACCUGCCCUAGUGAAGAAGGCUGCAACUCAUCCAAGUUCACUUGUCUCUCAGGAACAGUGUGUGCUCCCAGCAGUUGCAGAGACUAUCAAGAAAUCAAGAUUCAGGAACAGGUUCAAAGGCUAGCAGUUGGUAGUAUCCCUCGUUCUAUGAUGGUCAUUCUUGAAGAUGACUUAGUUGACAGUUGUAAAUCAGGGGAUGACAUAACAGUUUAUGGAGUAGUAAUGCAGAGGUGGAAACCUUUUCACCAAGAUGCACGCUGUGAUGUAGAAAUCGUCUUGAAGGCUAAUUAUAUUCAAGUGAACAAUGAGCAGCUGGCGGGACUUAUCAUUGAUGAGGAAGUCCGCAAGGAAUUUGAAGACUUUUGGGGAAAACAUAGAAGUGAUCCCUUAGCAGGAAGGAAUGAAAUUUUAGCAAGCUUAUGCCCUCAGGUUUUUGGAUUGUAUCUGGUGAAGCUGGCUGUAGCCAUGGUGCUUGCAGGAGGUGUUCAGAGAACAGAUGCUGCAGGCACUCAUGUUAGAGGUGAAUCUCAUCUUUUAUUGGUUGGAGACCCUGGGACAGGGAAAUCUCAGUUUCUGAAAUAUGCUGUAAAGAUUACCCCACGAUCUGUACUUACAGCAGGAAUUGGAUCCACAAGUGCAGGUUUGACGGUAACUGCUGUGAAGGACUCUGGAGAAUGGAAUCUGGAAGCGGGGGCACUGGUGCUGGCUGAUGGAGGUCUUUGUUGUAUUGAUGAAUUUAACAGCAUCAAGGAACAUGACAGAACCAGCAUUCAUGAGGCAAUGGAACAACAGACCAUCAGUGUAGCUAAGGCAGGCUUAGUGUGCAAACUGAACACAAGGACCACUAUAUUAGCAGCAACCAAUCCAAAGGGCCAGUAUGACCCUAAUGAAUCUGUCUCUGUAAACAUCGCACUUGGCAGUCCUCUUCUUAGCAGAUUUGACCUCAUUUUGGUAUUGCUGGAUACAAGAAAUGAAGAAUGGGAUCGCAUAAUUUCUUCUUUCAUAUUGGAAAAUAAAGGCUAUCCAAGCAUGUCAGAAAACCUGUGGACAAUGGAAAAAAUGAAGACCUACUUCUGUUUCAUAAAGAACCUACAGCCAGUGUUGACUGACAAAAGCAACCUCAUUCUUGUCCGCUAUUACCAAAUGCAGCGGCAAAGUGAUUGCAGAAAUGCUGCCCGAACUACCAUCCGUCUAUUAGAGAGUUUAAUACGGUUAGCUGAAGCUCAUGCCCGAUUGAUGUUUAGGGAUAUUGUGACUGUGGAAGACGCGGUAACUGUGGUUUCAGUGAUGGAGUCCUCUAUGCAAGGGGGUGCAUUACUUGGAGGUGUCAAUGUACUGCACACUUCAUUUCCUGAAAACCCAAGGGAACAAUAUCGAAUGCAGUGUGAACUGAUCUUGGAGAAGCUGGAGCUACAGGACAUUCUGUGUGAUGAACUCCAAAGACUUGAGAGAUUACAACAUGAAAAUUCAUGCCAUCUUCAGCUGUCCCAGGAGGCAAGGAAUAAUGGUACUGAGGCAUCUUUUAGCAAUAACAAACUUGAGAUACGAGAAGAAACAUCUCAUCAACAAUAUUCAGAAGGGGUAGACAAUACUCAGUUCCAGCCUCAUUCAGCCAAAAGACACCCUGGAGGUGAUGAGCACUUAGGAGGACUCUUAAGUGGCCAAACAUCUGAUGUACUACCAGCGCAAAGCAAACACAGCAAGAAUACCAGUGAUGUUAGCUUACACUGGUUUGACAGUAUAGUGGAUGACAGUGCUGGAACUGAGAAGGGCAUUUGUGAGUCUUCAUUUGCCAGAACCUCUCAAGAUAGUUUGACUUUGAAAGCACCAAACAACAAACCUUAUUCUAGAGAUAAGAAUGAUUUAAUAGAAACCAGUCAUGCUGGGAUGCAAGAAUCACUGACAAGAACAGCUCCAGGGGAUACAUGCAGACAGGCAAUUAUUUCUGACUUUGAUGGGGAAAAGAAAAAGAAGCCUCCAAGCUUUCCUUCAGGAGCAAGCCACAAAGAUCCAGGUGCAUCAUUUCCUACACUACCUGAUUUGGUGAUUACCCAAAGGGCCUCUAAGAAAUGGCAGUGUGCAAACACUGAAAGGUCUCGAGGAUUUUGUGCAAGUACACCAGAUCCCAAGGCUGGAAGUGGUCUUGCUCCAUUUUCUCCCCAUCCAACAGCUACUCCGCAGUUUUCUAAAAAUGAUUCAAAUGUUCUCCCAUCUUUCAGUUUGUCAAUGAAUCAGAGGUUGGUGACUUCAAUCAGGAAACGAAGUAGAGAUCACCUAAAGGAAGAAAGUGUGGCAGGAAGUUUUGAUGAGUCUGAAAUCCUAGAGAAAUCUGGGGGGGAAACGGCUAAACUAGCGAAGUUUUUAUUUAGGCAGAAGUCAAAGCUUGCUAGCGCUUCUGAAAAUAAGAAUCAUAUCAGAUUGCCGGAGACAGUUAGCCGCCCUCAAAGUAUUACCAGAAAUGUAUCCAAGAGAGAAAGGAGCAGGGGAAAAGGUUCUGAGACGUACCAGAAAGAACACAAUAUUAACAACAAUGAUAGUGUGGAGAAAAGACCCUGUAAUAGCAACAAAGAGGAGCAGCAGCAAAGGAAAGCGUUAUCCCCAUCUUCUACAAAAAUAAAAGGAAUGAGAGAAGAAAGAGUGGAAGGACUCAAUACAAAGAAAGUGUGCUCUAGUACAUUGGCAAAAUUAUCCAGGUUUUCCUUCAUACCAGCUGCUGAAUCCAAAUCAGAGAACCCAUCUUCCUUAACUGUUGCCAGCUAUGACAUGGAAAGGCAGAGGCUGCCACUGAAGAACCACACUGAAAAUGCAGGCCUCAUGAGGAAGUGCUUUGAGUUGGGAGAAGUCAGCAAAGUUACAGGGAAAUCGUUGUUCUCACUAGCAGAUUUUGAUGAUACAGCUCUAGACUUUGAUUGGGAUGAAGAGAUUAAGAAAAACCCCAAACCUUAAAAACUUCUGCUACCUCCUCAUUUUUAAAAAUAAUGUUAUUUAAAAUUUAAAAUGUUAGAAGGCCAUAAAUAAAAUAAAACCUAAGCUUGCAUUAAAUAAUAGGAUAAUGAAUGGGCUCUAUACAAAUAUAUUCUGCAUCUGAUAGAGUUAAAGGAUUGUAUUUCUAAAUCUAGCUGACCUAUAUUGGAGUACUUGAAUCCAAGACAACAGCAUCUGACCUGCAGAAAACUGCACUCCCCAAUUUAAACCUCCAUGGUGGUCCCCUCCCUCUUUAAUAAUUUUAUUCUAAUUGAGGAUAACUAUUUGUACUGUGUAAAAAGUACUCCAUUUAGGUCUAAUUUGAUAAGAUAUCCUGAGCUGUCAUUUGGAAAAAAAGGGGGGGUUUGGAGGGGGGAGGGGGGUUUCCAUCUUUCUUACAUGUCACCCUCAAAUCACCUGUUGCAGGUAUGGUUACAUUGCAAAAAGUAGCUUUGAGUCUGGAUUUUUUUUUGUCAGAUUGUGUUAAUAAAAAAAAAUUCUGAUUUGUUCCAUAGAACUU